CUACAACGUAAAAGGGACCGAGGCAGCCGCGACGAGAGCAAUUCGUUCACAGAAGCCGGCUGCAGCGGUCUGACGUCAGUUUCCAGCUCCUAACUACGACUCUUUUUCUUGUCUGUCGUCUGCAAAAAUAGACGCGUUACUACUCUUUGGUCAACUGCUUUGAAAGGUUCAAGAGCAGUUUUUGUUGUAUCACCAAUCCCAAAAGCUUACGGAAAGUCAUCAAUAAACAUCCACAAGAUGUCGUACCACAAGCCCGAAGCUAAGACCGUUCAGGAUCUUAAGGACAUUGCACAGAAAUUGCGCAUCCACUCCAUCAACGCCACCCAAGCUUCGAAAUCGGGUCACCCCACAUCAUGCGCCUCGCUGGCCGAGAUCAUGUCCGUGUUGUUCUUCCAGCAGCUGCGCCUGAACGUAAAGCAUCCGCGUGAUCCUUCCAGCGAUCGCUUUAUCCUGUCCAAGGGACACGCCGCUCCCAUUCUGUAUGCUGCUUGGGCCGAGGCGGGUCUCUUCCCGAUCGAGGACUUGAACAACUUGCGCAAGAUCGACAGCGAUCUGGAGGGGCACCCGACCCCGCGUCUGAACUUCAUCGAUGUGGGCACUGGGUCCCUGGGACAGGGUGUAGCCGUUGGCGCUGGAAUGGCCUAUGUGGGCAAGAACUAUGACAAGGCCGACUAUCGCACCUAUGUGGUCGUCGGCGAUGGUGAGUCGGCCGAGGGUUCCGUCUGGGAAUCCCUGCACUUUGCGGGCCAUUAUAAACUGGACAACCUGUGCGUUAUCUUCGACGUCAACCGUCUCGGUCAGUCGGAGGCCACUUCCCUGCAGCAUAAGUUAGAUGUGUACAGGGAUCGCCUUGAGGCCUUCGGGUUUAAUGCCGUGGUCGUCGAUGGACACGAUGUCGAGGAGCUGUGCAAGGCCUUCCACUGCGCAGGAAUCACCAAGAGCAAACCCACCGCCAUCAUUGCCAAGACGUUUAAGGGCAAGGACUUCCCCAACAUCGAGGAUGCAGACAACUGGCACGGAAAACCGCUGGGAGACAAGGCCGCUCAGGUGAUCAAGCAUCUGGAGGGUCUCAUCGUCAACGAUAAGGUAAAAUUGACGCCCAAGCCGGUGAGCAAGUCUGGUGCUGCUCCGGAGGUGGACAUCUCCAAUGUGAAGCUGAGCUCGCCGCCCUCCUAUAAGCUGGGAGAUUCGAUAGCCACCAGGCUGGCCUACGGCACAGCUCUGGCCAAGAUCGGCAAGAAUAACGACCGUGUGAUUGCUCUGGAUGGCGACACUAAGAACUCUACGUACUCCGAUAAGCUGAAGAACCUCUUCCCAGAGCGCUACAUCGAGUGCUUUAUUGCCGAGCAGAAUCUUGUUGGCGUUGCUGUUGGUGCCGCCUGUCGUCGCCGAACCGUGGCCUUUGUCUCCACCUUUGCCACAUUCUUCACGCGUGCCUUUGACCAGAUCCGCAUGGGCGCUAUCUCGCAGACGAAUGUGAACUUUGUGGGCUCUCAUUGCGGCUGCAGCAUUGGCGAGGAUGGUCCCUCCCAAAUGGGACUCGAAGACAUUGCCAUGUUCCGCACUAUUCCGGGCAGCACCAUCUUCUAUCCGUCAGACGCGGUGAGCACCGAACGUGCAGUGGAGUUGGCCGCCAACACCAAGGGUGUGUGCUUCAUCCGGACCUCGCGUCCCAACACAGCCGUGAUCUACGACAACGAGGAGCCGUUUACCAUCGGCCGCGGCAAGGUGGUGCGUCAAAAGAGCUCCGACGAGGUUCUUCUAAUAGGUGCUGGGAUAACAUUGUACGAGUGCCUGGCUGCUGCCGACCAGCUGGAGAAGAGUUGCAUCACCGUCCGCGUGAUCGAUCCCUUCACUAUCAAGCCCCUGGAUGCCGGACUUAUUAUCGAGCAUGGCAAGCAGUGCGGAGGUCGUGUUGUCGUCGUGGAGGAUCACUACCAGCAAGGUGGUCUGGGCGAGGCUGUGCUGAGCGCCCUGGCUGGCGAACGCAACUUUGUUGUGAAACAUCUUUACGUGCCCACUGUGCCGCGGUCCGGCCCCCCAUCCGUGCUCAUCGACAUGUUUGGCAUCUCAGCCCGCCACAUCGUCAACGCUGUCAACGAGCUGAUCAAGGAAUAAGAGAAUACUGCAAAACAAACUUACAACGCCCAAAAUUCCUAGUUUACUCUUACACUUACCAUUCCCCCUAAGAUUGUUGAUAUGCGAUAAUUCAAAAUCGAAUUGUAAUACAGGAUAAUAAAUUCUCUUUGAUACAAGUA